UCAUGGUAACAAGAAAUCAAGAGAGGUUUAAGCGCGCGUGAAAAACGCAACACUAGUUAAAGCUAAGGGCUUGGUUAAAAAAAAAAAAAAAAGAGAAGAAGACGUAGGAAUGCCAAUUGAUGAGUUUAUGGAUAAUUGCACAGAAAAUAUUGGAAGUUUCGACAACCUAACAUGGCUAUGGAACUCAUCCAGUUUCAAUAGAAGCGCUUCUCUGACGAAAGAAUCGAAUGAAGAUCUUGGUUCACUUCUCAUCACAAAGUUACAAAUAGGUUUUCAGUUGAUCAUUGCUUUACUGGGAACUUUCGGUAAUGUAAUGGUUUUCACCGUCAUUCGAGAGAUGAAAAGGAAAAAAUCAACGACCGAUAUUUUUGUACAAAAUCUUUCUGUUGCGGACCUAGGAAUCUUCUUGCUUUCAGCCCCACUCGUGGCUAUCAAAGAGAGAAUGCCUUAUGAUUGGCCUUUUGGGAAGUUUGCUUGUCUCUACUUGUAUCCGAUUCCCGAAAUGUUUCACGGGGCAUCGGUUUGGUGCAUAGCAGUUAUUGCCUUCGACCGAUAUCGAAAGAUAAUAACACCGCGUAGACAUAGUUGGAACAAUUGCAGGGCCAAGUACGUUGUUGUCUCUGUGUGGGUUGUUUCUUUUCUAGCACUUUCUUUACCACUUUACUUUGUGGUAGAAUAUCAGAAAACAUCCGGGAGAUGGUGCGGUCCUAGAUGGUCAUCGCUGUUGCUAGCACAAGCGUGCAUGAUUUUGCUGACAGUUUUCUCAUAUUUGUUACCCCUAGCUGUGAUCUCAUGGACUUAUCUGGCGAUCUCGCGUACAAUCCGUCGAAGUAACACAUUGAUCAAAAAUAUGACACGUGAUAAUGAAGCAGUGCAAGAAAAGGAUUGUCGCUCUUCGACGAAAAAUGCGCGCCUUCGUCAAAACAAGCGGGCAAAGAAAAUUCUCACACCUAUGGUUCUGGUGUUUGCGGUUACAAUGCUUCCUCUGAACGUUCUCCGAUUGAUCAUCGUGUUUUGGCCUGCAGUGGGGGCACAAGACUAUUACCAAAAUCUGUUGUACACAAUCUCGGUUUUCGUCAUGUUGAACUCUGCGGUCAAUCCAGUUAUCUAUUCAGUUGCAAGUAGGGACUUUCGCAGGGGAAUGAAAAAUUUAUUUCAUAAAGAAUCGUAAAAAAACGGUUGAACGUUGUAAAAUUUUAUUCAAAGCCGAUUUUUAUUUACUAGAUAACGACGGGUGAAAAGCCUUUUCUUAAAAAAAAUGCCCAAAAAAAAAAAAA